AAAGCUUUAAAAGAGCUGCAAUUCCACAAUGUGGAGCAUUCACCAACAGAACUGAACACCUAAAGCAACUAGCAUCAAGAAUACUUUUCAUUUUGUUGUUUUCAUUAGUAAAUCUAAGCUUCGCUUUGGCAGAAUGAACUGCAAAAUCUUUUCAGUCUUUGUUAUUGUUGCCUUGGCAUUCCUGACCAUUGGUGAAGGAAUGAGUCUUAAAGGUGUGGGUGUAGAUCUACGCUGUCACUGCAUUGAAACAGAGAGUCGACGCAUUGGUAAACACAUAGAGAGUGUGGAGCUCUUCCCUCCCAGCCCACACUGUAAAGACACAGAGAUCAUUGCCACCCUAAAGGGAUCCAGGAAAGAGAUCUGUCUGGACCCCACUGCUCCCUGGGUUAAGAAGGUCAUUGAGAAGAUCCUUGCCAACAGAAAACCAUGAAUAUCUGGAUCAUCUGCAAUGUUGAGUUUGACGAUAUGCUGUGCACAUCUGAUAUUUUAACCUGACAUUCUGCUGGUUUAUGUUUAAAACAGCUUUUUCAAUGUGGAGUUUUGUG